GUGCUGUAAUUCUAUCAAAUGAGAGAGCUGCAGGGGUUCGGAAGAGAGGCAAUAAGAAAUCAUCAUAAAACGCGGAGGGGACCAAUGAUCCAGUGACACCAUUUUCCUGCAUAUUAAGCAGUGAAAAGGAAAACACUACUCAGCACUCAAGGGGAGUAGAGUGGUGUGAGGGCUGGGCAACCAUGGGUAACUUGCCUGUCUUGAACCUAACAAUCACAAUUAGCCUACGUUUAUAGUGGAGAACAAGCCUCCGCUUCGGUGAUCUCUGAGGGUUGUAGCCAUUUUCACUCGUACCCGUAUACCACUUGAACAUUGCAGAUUUGGGGACUGAUAAACGCAUACAUUGGAACGCAGUGGCAGUAGGCCUAAAGUAACAUAUUCAGAGGCGUCAUGCCAAUCUCAGUCUGUAUUGUGAGGAGUUUGCAUCUCUUUCUUUAUUGGGAAAUUGGGAACAACUAUUUGAUAUGCAAAGGGUCCAUCCAUGUUCAAUGUUUGAUAUGUAUCUGUUAGCCUACCUAUCAAUUAGUUAACUGAAUGUACUGUAUCUCCUGUCAUGUGGCAAUUAUCAUUGACAUUUACACCAAAUAAGGAACCAGUUCCUUCAUUUUAAAAACGUUUGUUAUUAGAUAGGUAGGCUACUAGACAAGGCUUUCAUAAUGCAUUUGAACUACCGUAGAAGAGAGGCUGUUAUGUCAGUAAUGACACUAGCAGCCUACAGUCACCCGUUGCGCUUAGUUAUUGAAGACAGACCCACAUAACUUUAUAUGCGCCUGCCUGGGGUGAUGCAGGGAGUUGGGUGAUGCAGGGAGUUAUUUUAAGCAGCCUAACUAGCCAAAUCAACGGCUAAAAUGACCAAAUAUUUAUCCAUGUCCAAUAGUUUCAGUCUAUUGGUAGUAGAAUAGAACAUUACGUCAUAAAAGUAUAGCCUACCAAAAUGAAAGACAACAAUUCCGUCCUGAAGGGUCUGAGACAAACGCAUUGUGACAACAUCAAACCGGUCAACAAGGAACUGAAUAAUAUUUAGUCCUGCUGUUGAAAUAUCGCAGACGGCACUUUGACAGGGUCCAGCAACCCCACAGAUACAUCUCACCUGCCUAAUUUCAGAGAGGACAAUGCGUCGAAACGAUACCGUUCCCACCACACGCAAGGUGCAGGGAGGGAUCUUCUUCCCUAAGCCUCAGAAUGCCAUCACCAUUGCGGUGUCAUCGCGGGUCCUCUUCAACAUGGAUAAGGAGCAGCAGAUCUACGAACAGAAAGGCAUGGAGGACUACCUCAAGUACCAGAUAGAGCACGAGAUGGAGCCCUUCGCCCCCGGCCCUGCUUUUCCUUUCGUUAAGGCUCUGGAGGCAGUGAAUACUCGGCUGAGGGAGCUGUACCCUGAGAGUGAGGAGCUCUUUGACGUUGUGCUCAUGACCAACAGCCACGCACACGUCGGUCUCCGACUCAUAAACACAAUCAACCACCAUCAGCUCUUCAUUGAGCGUUUCUGUAUGACGGGUGGGAACAGUCCCAUUGGGUACCUGAAGGCUUACCACACUAACCUGUACCUGUCUGCUGACCCCAUGAAGGUCAGAGAGGCCCUGGAGGAGGGGAUCGCGGCAGCCACAAUGUUUAACCCACCAGAGAAGAGAACAGAAGUGUCAGAGACUCAGCUGCGGGUGGCCUUCGAUGGGGAUGCAGUGCUCUUCUCUGACGAGUCAGAGCGCAUCUUUAAGGCCCACGGACUGGACAAGUUCUUUGAGCAUGAGAAGGCACACGAAAACACGCUUCUUGAUCAUGGACCACUGAAAGGGUUCCUGGAGUCUCUGGGGAAGCUGCAAAAGAAGUUCUAUGCCAAGGGUCAGCGUCUGGAUUGCCCCAUCCGUACCUACCUGGUGACGGCACGCAGCGCAGCCAGCUCAGGCACCCGGGCCCUGAAGACACUGCGAUCCUGGGGCCUGGAGACAGACGAGGCCCUCUUUCUUGCUGGGGCCCCUAAGGGGCCAAUGCUGGAGAAGAUCCGGCCUCACAUAUUCUUUGACGAUCAGAUGUUCCAUGUGGAGGGAGCGGCGCAGCUGGGGACCGUGGCAGCUCAUGUGCCAUAUGGUGUGGCUCAGAAACUGCCCCAGAAGAAGCCUGCUAAGGAGAACGCUAAAGACUUUAGCGCUGCCACCAAGUAGUCUGGAUUUUGCUCUCUUCCCUAACCCUGUGAUGGCAAGGGACAAUAAAACAGCAUUGUGGAUUUGAA